GUUUGUACUAUAAAUAGAAGUCGAUCAUUUUAAGAAGUUCAGUUUACUUUCUGGAUUGAGUUACACAAUAUGAAGUGCAUAAUUGCUCUGGCGUUGCUUCUGAUAUUGGCGGACUUGGCUUUGGUCCAGCACGUUGACGAUGAUGCCUAUUAUAAUUAUAAUGUACAAAAAUCUCAUUUUGACAAAAUCAACAAAGCCAUUUGCUACACGAAGCCAGACUAUGGAAAAUGCCAAGGAAAUCGUCAACUUUGGUUCUUCAACAAGUACAAGUCCAAGUGCGAGAAGUUCAAAUACUCGAAUUGCGGCGGAAAUCAAAAUCGUUUCUAUACCAAAGAUGAAUGCGAUAUAUUUUGCACCGAAAAAGUCAGCGAGUGGCUGAAAACAGAUAUUGGCCGUGCAGGUUGACGAAUAUUUAAUUAUUAUUAAUUAUUAUUUAAUUAUUAUUAAAUAAAAUAAACGAAUAAGAGUGCUCUAGUCGUAAGUGCCCUGCUAGAGUAC